AUGCCGCGCCAGCAUUCUUGUCUCAAGCCCAGACUAGGGGACAUCCCCUUUCAAGUGGUGACGCAGAGGCCAUCCUGUCGGCCUUGUACCUCUCGAAGACCCCUUUCACAGCCUGAGGCUUGGGUUAUCAUUAGGGUUAGCUUGAGCGGCUCCCCGAAGGCUAUUGAACAGGACGACGACAUCCUGGAUUCUGUAGUUGAGCGACAGCCUGAAAUGGGUGGUCAUUUUGUGGCACGAAUCACUGACAAGGAUAAUGCGGCCAAGGCUCCAAUACGUGAUGAUUCACUCAUCCAAGUUCGUCAGGCUGGCCCACAGCAUCCGCGGCCAAACAUACUUGACCGUGACCUUGAGUGUCAGCGCGGAGGGUUUUACCAUUGUUUGCUGUGGAUUGUCCUACAAGGCAAUGUUGUGCAUGAUCCGACAGGUCCUGCUGUAAACGCCAUCGGCACCAAUGGUAAAGGACCCGUGGAACACGCUGCCGUCGGCGCAGGUCACACUGACUACGUUUUGGGUGGUUGUGAUCGCGCUCAGCCCGGUGAAAGCGACUGGGUCUCAAGAUUGACCGGUAAUGACGUGGGGAAAGAGGAGAACAAGGAGCAGCAAUUGCUGUGCCACCCACCUAGGAUUAGAGGACUCUGCGCACCCUCGGCCUUUUCUCGUAUCCCUGCCCUCUACAGCAUUACCGCUGCCCAAACCCUUCCUCCAACCGACGAAAACCCUAUAUCAGGCUACUAUAUCUCCUCCUUCCUCACCACAACCGCCGGAAACCAGUACUACGUGAUUACAGCCAUUAUAGGGACUACUGAAUUGGGCGCGUACGGCAUUAACAUCCUAGACCUCAACACCCUCCAGCGCGUGGUCUACGAAAACACGACUGUUUACUCGACUACCGAAAUAACAUCCUUCAAUUUCACCAGAGAAGACUUUGCCUUCUUUGGUGCUGACUCGACCAAUCUUGCUAUUGCUGUGCGCGCCAAUGCAACUGCCUCCCGUGGGGACGGAACUACGGUGCCUGUGGGCCUCGAACUACUCGUUCAUGCUACCUCGCGCGCGUUAUACUACGGCGGUACGGGCUCGUGGAUGUUCAUCGAUACCCCCGCAUACAGCUUUGCUUUUCCGGCUGCAAUGACGUCUGGGUGUUUACGCAUGUCUUUGUCUGAUUUAUCAAUGGCCAACAAGGAAGAUGCAGACGCAGCCACGACCCUCCAACCCAUAGACCCGUCUGCGUCCGUCUCCUGGUACGACCGUUCCUGGGGCCAUCUGGGCCUCCCUAACGGAAACUACACCUGGUUUAGCUUGUACCUUGACGACAGUGAGCUCAUCCUUGUCACAUACCUGAUUGAUGACAGCUCCACCUCUGCUUCAAGCUCCCGCACGCACAGACACACGCACAGCCGAAGCAUUCACAUCCGACCCCGCCGCAACUCUAGCGCAUUAUCGCUUGAGCCCAUCGACGUGUUUGAGCCGGACCUAUCUCCGGACACCAUUUGGAUGUCGCCACGCUCAGGGCGCGUGUACCCGCAGCAAUGGAAACUGGGAAUUGAGGGGAGGGGGUUGCUGAGCAUACGGAGUAUACUCGGUGACCAGGAAAUGUUUGGUCGGGGACAGGGUGGGGAGAGUUAUUCGGGGCUGACCCAAAGCCCGGCGGAGCAACCCGCUGGGUAG